GUGAUGUUCCUAAAUAUUUAGUCAAAAUAUCGAUGUAGUCAGGCAGUAACAAUGCUUUUGACCAGACUGAGUAUACAAGAAGUCAAUAACAUAAUAAGUGAGCAUUUUAUUAAAAUUUUUGGUAAUGUGAUCGAGCAUUAUCCAGCCGCCGCAAUCGGAAUUCUCAAAUUUCGGCCUUUUCGAAACGCCACGGACAUUUCCACAGCAAUCAACAACUUUUUGGACCAACUUAGCUUGAAAGAAAAACAAAGAAUUUUGCUUUUGUAUCCGGACUUAGUCGGAAAAUUGGCAGAUUUGAGCAUAUUUAUGCUACAGAUUGAUCAGUAUCAGAGAGUUUCAGGAGCAGAUCAAUUAACCAUCGACGAUAAACACAAGCUGGGAAAAUUAAAUAAGCGUUAUAGGGAGAAGUUUGGGUUUCCGUUUAUUACAUAUGGCAAAGCAAAUAAAAAUGUUUUUACCAUUUUCUCCGAAAUAGAAACUAGGAUUGAGAACAGUGUGGAAGAAGAAACGGAAAUUGCACUCAGCGAAGUGAAGAAAAUUGGAAAAUUAAGGAUCUGCGAAAUUUUGCAAACAUAGUGGUUUUUGGUAUAAUGUGCACCCGUGUUGUAAAUAAUUCGACAAAACUGUUUAUCAUUAAAUUAUUAAAAAGCAAA